AUGUUUAUAGUAGAUUGGAGUUUAUUGGAAUAAUAAUUUAGUAACAUUAAAUUAUGGUAUUGCAGUUAUUUCACAUUGACUGUGUAUUAAGCGAAUAAAAUUUAUCGUUUUUAAUCCAAUAUUUUAAUAUAAAUCUUUAGCAAAAUGAGUACUAGUUAACAAGAAUUCUUUGAGUAUAUGAGUGAGACUCUAUAAACAUCUUAAGAAGGACUUAUGGAGAUGCAAAAAUCCAACCCUUAAAGUAAGAAGAAAAAUCUAAUAAUUUUUAAGAUUUCCAAAAACUUGUAGAGAAGAUGAAGCGUACAAUGAGAAGAGAGAAGGCAAAAUAACGAAAACAUAAGGAUGAACCUGAAAUAGUUUAAAGUAGUAAGAAAAUAAAGAGAAAGAAAUAAGAUGAUGAUCCCUUAAGAGAGAAUGAUAAGAAAACUAUAUAAAUGAUACGAAAUAGAAUCAGUGCAUAAAACUCUAGAGAUAGAAAGAAAUAAUAUUUACAACAAUUAGAAAAUUAGGCUCAGAAAGAAUUAAAUUACAAUGCUUAAUUGAGGAAGUAAUUGGAGGAGCUACAAACUAAACAUUAAAAAUUAACAAACAAGAGCUCAAAAAUACGAGAUUAAUUGUCUAUUCUCCAACAACUAGGCCGUUGUUCGAGAUUAGGUAAAAUAGGUCUCGCUCUCUUGACUCUUGUUUCAGUUUUUUCCGUAAUCUCUCAAAAGGAAACCUAAUAAACAAUCUCAUCUCCUCUUGUUAAAGUUGAAGACCUAUCAAGUGAGAGUGCAAGUGCAAUGGUCCCAUUAAAUUAUGAAAAAUCUUACUCUGUAAUUGAUACAAACACCUUUUUUGAGGAAGAAAAGAUUGGCGUUGGUAUGUCAGAAGAAUCUGAGAAUUCUUAUCCUUAACUGUUACCAAAUGCCUUAUAUCGGUUGAAUUCACAUAUAGAUUACGAUUUUCUGCUGUAAAAUUGA